AUGCAGCGAAGAAAGACCAGAGAAGAUGACAGCUUGUUUACAGAAGAACAUGAUCUCAAAGAAGCCAAUUACGGGAGCUUAAACAAGAAUCCUGAGUCAAAAAUCAAGGAGUACAUUUAUGAAACCCUGGCCUUUGGGCCUGAGAAGGUUGCAAAGUUGUCCACUUAUGAAAGCCUAGGUGGCGGCUCUGAGCACAACUCAAAGGAUGCUAACCAGUCCAAGCAGAAGAACGUGGAGGGUGACAGAUAUUGGAGGUUAUCCACGACCUCUCUUAAGGUCCCACAGUGGAAUAAGAGCUGCCUUAUAAACAGCACUGCGAACUUCUUCAGUGAUGAAAAGACCAGGAUAGAUUUUAUUCUUGUAUGGGAAUCAGAUGGUGAGAAUCCAGAGGGCCAGAAAGAAGAGAAUUAUAAUCCAAAAUCCAAACAAAAGAGAACAAUUGAAAUCAAUGAAUGGCGGGAGAAAUUUCUGCAUAACCUCCAAAUGAAGGGGAUCAGAACUGAAAAGCAUGCAGCCCAACAUACAAAGAAAGUGGUCCACUUUAUGUUGAAUGCUCCCUGGAGUGUGCUAUGUUAUUAUGCUGAGGACCUCAGGCUGAGAGUCCCCUUGCAGGCUAUGCCCAUUGAACCUGAAAUCAACUGGUCUCACAGGAUUCUAAUGAAAGUGGGCAUCCCUAAUUUACUCUAUGAUGACGUUCCUGACAUUCCCUUGGAUAACUACACCUGUCAUUUUAAAGCAAACAAGUUACCCUCGUUCCGUGGAAGUGAUAACCAUGAGACCUUCUUCAGUAGUAAACGGCAUAGAAUACUGUAUGAGAUCCUGUCCACUGUAUCAUAUGGUGAUCCAAAGGCAGGGCAGCAGAUUGGAAUAGAAAGGUUGCUGAAUGACGAAGUCUUCACUGCAUUUCCACUACAUGACGGCCCAUACAAGAUGUCAUCAGAGGAAGAGCCCUCUAAUCAGAGGCAGACUUUCCAUUAUUGGGCCCGGUGGAGUAAGUGGAAGAAAUAUCAGCCUUUGAGUCAUAUCCGCAGGUACUUUGGAGAGAAGAUUGCUCUCUACUUUGCCUGGCUUGGUUUCUACACAGCAUGGCUUCUUCCAGCAGCUAUAGUGGGGACACUGUUCAUAAUUGGCAUUUUUAUGAUGUUUCAUGACAUUCCAACACAGGAGAUCUGUUCCAGUGGUGACAAAUACAAGAUGUGCCCAAUUUGCAAAGUCUGCCCUUAUUGGAAUCUAUCUAGUGUCUGCCCCAUGUUUCAGGCUGGCCGUCUCUUUGACCAUGGUGGAACUUUCUUCAGCAUCUUCAUGUCUCUGUGGGCAGUCACAUUUCUUGAGUACUGGAAACGAAUGAAUGCUACCCUGAUAUACCGCUGGGACUGUUCAGAUUUUGAGGACAUUGAGGAACGUCCACGACCCCAGUUUGCUGCUUUGGCUCCCAUGACAAUUAUAAACCCAAUCACUGGAGAGGAGGAGCCCUAUUUCCCAAAGCGGACUCGAUUCAACAGAAUCAUCACUGGAUCAAUGGUCAUCAUCAUUAUGAUUGCUGUGGUAAUAAUGUUCCUGAUUUCCGUUAUCCUUUACCGGGCCAUCAUUGCUGUAAUUGUCUCCAGGAGUGGGCACUUUCUACUUGUAUCUUCGGCUUCUCGUAUUGCUAGCCUGACAGGCUCAGUAGUGAAUCUCUUUCAUCUCCUUCUCUCGAAAAUUUACACUGCACUGGCACUUUUUCUUACGAAGUGGGAAAUGCAUCGCACUCAGACUACAUUUGAAGAUGCCUUCACUUUUAUUUUUAUCUUUGAGUUCAUCAAUUUCUAUUCAUCUCCCAUCUACAUUGCCUUCUUUAAGGGCAGGUUUGUUGGUUAUCCAGGCCACUAUAACAAAUUACUGGGCAUACGCAAUGAAGAUUGUGCUCCAGGUGGCUGCCUCAUUGAACUUGCUCAAGAACUUCUUGUCAUCAUGGUGGGAAAGCAAGUAAUUAACAACAUUCAAGAAAUCGUUAUCCCCAAUAAGACAGGCCAAGACAACGUCAUGAAGCAAUUCUGGGAGAGUGAUUAUAAACUGCUGCCCUAUAGUGGGCUCUUCACUGAAUAUCUGGAAAUGGUUCUGCACUUUGGCUAUACUAUCUUUGUUGCUGCCUGCCCCCUGGCCCCUCUUUUUGCUUCUAACAAUUGGGUGGAAAUUCGUUUGGAUGCUCAGAAGUUUGUUUGUGAAUAUCGACGUCCAGUUGCAGAAAGGACCCAGGGCAUCGGCAUCUGGUUUCAUAUCCUGGAGGUCAUCACACACUUGGCAGUUAUUAGUAAUGCCUUCCUGAUUGCCUUCACUUCUGACUUUCUUCCUCGUCUCUAUUACCAGUACACUCGGGCUAGCAAUCUACAGGGCUACAUUGACUUCACCCUGGCCUAUGCCCCUAAAUCUUGACUUGAAGACAAUGCCACAUGCAGGUACCGAGCCUAUAGAGAACAAACUGGCAGGUAUUCAUUACCUUAUUGGAAUCUACUGGCAAUCCAACUUGGCUUCAUCAUUGUAUUUGAGCAUGUAGUUUUCUUCAUUGGUAUGAUUGAUAUGAUGGUACCUGACAUCCAGAAGCAGUGGCAUAAAGUAAAGCGAGAACAGUAUCUUGCUAAACAAGCCCUGGCUGAGAAUAAGGCUCUCAUUGAAGUGAUAGAUGUUGUCAAUCCGACCCAGCCUGGGGAGAAGGUAUCAAAUAAACCUCUGAAGGUCUGGAAGGAUGUGGCCGAGACCAGAUUAUCAAGCUUCUACACAAGAAUAACCUUCAUGGAGGAAGCAGUGUAAGCUGGCAUAGUAUGGACAUGGAGCUGUUAAUUAUGUAACAUAUUGCAGGUAUAGAAUGUGCCUCAAUGUUUAAAGCCUCAGGAAUUUCAUCCAUAUUUACCAAAGCAAUGAUUUCAUGUUUCUUGGAGAAAAACAGCACCGAGA